AUGCUUCGUGUGCUGAGUGGCUUCAGGGCAUCUUCUCCCUCUUUGCCUACCAUCGCCUACCAUCAGCUCGACUUUAGCGCUAUCGUCUUCGAUCCAGCGUUUUUGUCGUUGUGUUAUGCCCUCAUCGCAUCGUACCAUCCUCGCGUCUAUGCAUCCUCAUCGUCCUGUCCUUCGGAGCGUGGCUCCUCGAUACUCGCAGGGCUAACGCUCUCGCUCGCCAUCUCGAUGCUCGCCGUGAAGGGAGCGUCUGGCUCCGAUAGUGUUACAGACUUGACCGCAGUCCCCUGUCUGCCCUUCGGUACCUCGACAGUCAGCCACUCAACAUGUUUGGUGGUAGUCAGCGAUCACAACCUGGUCUGCCUUCGACACCUUGUGACGGCUGCCCCAGAACACAACGCCAACGAGCCGAGCGCAGGAAUACGUAUGUUUCCACCUGCCCUUCGCAAUGACUAUGGCCGUCAUUGA